UUAAACAGAAACUAAACAAUAUGGCUGUUUAUGUUUUGCAUUGGGCAUUUUUAAUUGUAUUUGUACCCUUUUUUACUUGCUAUGUAAUUGCAGAAGAUGUAGAUUCUUCAGAAAAUGAUAAAUAUACAAUCGAAGGAACUGUUUUGCCGCCGGAUGUUAUCACUCCUGAGUGGUUAUUGUUGACUAAAGUUUUGGUGAAUGGUGGUGAACGCAUUGGCUUUUUAAGGAGUGAUGGAAGCUUCACUGUUAGCAAUGUUGAACCUGGCUCUUAUGCAGUUGAAGUUAUAAAUCCUAACCAUAUUUAUGAACCUUCAAGAAUUGACAUUAACUCUAAAGGCAAAUUCCGUGCUCGCAAGCUGAACUACGUUCAGACCAAUCUAGUUCACCAAGUACCUUAUCCUUUAAAGUUCAAAGUUCGAGCCCCAUACAAGUACUUUCAAGUUAGAGAAGCAUGGAGGAUAACAGACUUUCUUAUGAAUCCUAUGGUGCUGAUGAUGGUUCUUCCAUUGUUAUUAAUAAUGGUUUUACCAAAGAUGAUGAAUGCAGCUGAUCCAGAAACUCAAAGGGAAAUGCAGCAGAUGCAGAUGCCUAAAUAUGAUGUCCCGGAAUUAUCUGAAAUGAUGACUUCCCUUUUUACAGGGGGUAAAAGAGCCCCUGCGAGAACUCGAGUUGUUAAAAAAAGGCAAUGAGGUGUAAUUUAUUGUCAUUUGUACAGAGAUGUAUAUGUAUGUUUAUAAACUGUUUAGUUUCAUUAAAUUAUUUUCACUUCUGAG